UACAGGAACUUGUAUUCAGCAGCAGACGGGGUUUUUGUAUCAGUCUGUUUCACUGUGUGGUACAUCUUUGGCUCUGGAACUAAACUGUUUGUAACAGAUAAGCAGGUGGUGCAGCCCGUUGUGAGCGUGUACCUGGCAGCAUCGAGAGCCCAGCUGGAGGAGAAGAGCUCUCUACUGUGUGUGGCCUCAGCCAUGUUUCCUCCUCUGGUCCAGAUCUCCUGGAAAAGACAGAAUGGGAGCGAUUCUCUGGAGGAUGUGAACCCUGCUGAUGUGAAGCAGCAGGAGCUGAGGGAGUCGGGGUGCAGUGCCUCCAUCUUGACGAUCUCAAAACGAGAGAACAGCACCUAUAAAUACCACUGCUCAGUGCAGCAUGAGGGGGGCACAGUGAAUGCUCAAACAGGAACAGGUAAUGAAGGGUUGGUGUCUGCAUUCAGCAGUGAUUCAGCUUCAUGUGGAGACGAUGGAAGGUCCCCAGUUCCUACGACCUCCAGUCCUCCAGAGAGAGAGCCGACUGACAUGUCCUUUCAGUCUCAGUGCAAGGUGAAGCUGCUGACGCUGCUGUACACGGUGCUGAUACUGAAGAGUCUGGUGUACUGCUGUGGACUCUCUCUGCUGAGGAUCUUCAGAAACAACAAACCGUCCAUCCACUGAACAUGUGCUAACUGAUUGUCUUCUGAUGUUAUGUGCCGUAGUGUUUUUGUAGUUUUUAUGAAAGAAGCUUGUUUGUGAAAAAGUAAAGCUCUAUGCUGAUGACACUGUGUUUUUUGUACAUAAAUGAACGUACUGCAGGGUGGGCUACCUUUAUCAUUUUAUUCCAUUUACAGCUUUUAUCAGCAGUCCAAAAUGUUGUCUAAGAAGUCUAAUACCUCAAUCUUAUGGUUUAUCUUCUUACUCCUGUAGUUCACAGACAUUUAACAAAAAUGAAAAUGAGUCAAGCAGAUUAUUUAAAAGUACAUCACCGGGCUUGGGGGCAUCAAUCAGCAAUCACAAUCAGCAACUGAAUCAGAAUAACUUUUAUUACCAAGUAAGGUCUGGCUAAUGUAAGAGCCCACACAUGACGACAAGUAAUGACAGAUUUCCCAGUUCAGUUCUUAUAGUGUGUGUGGAGAGCAACGAGAUGACCGACUCAGCUAACACACUCACAGAUUCAUUCAACAACAGUCUCCACUCUCAGAACUCGUCAUCUCCCGCGGUCGAACGCGAUUUAAAAGUAAAUAAAAAUGAUGGUCAAGCUAAAUGUGGCUAGCUGUUAGCUGGUACUCCUGUCCUUGUCAGUUGGAUUGCGCUUUGUUUUACAGUGUAAACACUCGUGUCGUUACAACAAAUCAACAAGUUGCUCCUCCAUUUAUAAAAUUCAUCUAACUUUAUGCUUUGUGUUUUCUGUCGUUGCCAUGGUUAUGUUUGUUUUGCUUCUGGCUUCAGUCAGCUUGCUUCCCGAUUGGCUAUUCUGUUUAAAGUGAAAAUUCACAGAGUCCAUGCUUGGCCAUCCUCUGUGUUCUCCCCACACAACAGGAUGUCUGACAAUUUAAAAUUGGGGCGGCGGGCUUAAAAUCACACACUUUACACCACAGGAACAUCUGGUGAGAUAAUCUUUGGAACUGUCAGAUAAUCAGGCUUUUAUUGAAUUUGGUCAGAAGGGGAGAAUCGGGCCCGAAAUCGGCUUGAUUAUCUUGUUGUGUGUACCCCACUUAAUGUUACAUAUAUAACACAAACGUCUAUCAGAUUGUAUCGUGUAUAGAAGGAAUUUGUCUUGGUGUUAUUGGUGCAUUAUUGUUUAUAAAACUCACAUAAACAGCAGUACUGCUACUGUCAAGAAGUGUAGAAAUACUGUUACAUACCAGCAUAAAUAUAAAGCUAAAUCAAAUAAAAGAGUAAAAGAUGUGUCUUUGGUGUACGAAAGGAGCUGUAAGUGUUUUGUUUUUCUUACUAAAUAAAAGUCUGUGCUUUUAAGGAUUUCAUUUCGCUUCACAAUAAAUAUGUAAAAACACGA